CCCGGCAUAAUGGUUCCCGCAAAGAAGGGUGGUGAGAAGAAGAAGGGCCGUUCUGCCAUCAAUGAGGUAGUGACCAGAGAGUACACCAUCAACAUCCAUAAGCACAUCCAUGGAGUGGGCUUCAAGAAGCGUGCCCCUCGGGCACUCAAAGAGAUCCGGAAAUUUGCCAUGAAGGAGAUGGGAACUCCAGAUGUGCUCAUUGACACCAGGCUCAACAAAGCUGUCUGGGCCAAAGGAAUAAGGAAUGUCCCAUACCAUAUCCAGGUGCGGUUGUCCAGAAAACGAAAUGAGGAUGAAGAUUCACCAGACAAGCUCUAUACAUUGGUCACCUAUGUACCUGUCACCACUUUCAAAAAUCUACAAACAGUUAAUGUGGAUGAGAACUAACUGCUGAUUGUCAAAUAAAAGUUAUAAAGCUGCAUUUGAGGUUUGGUUUCCUGUUUCUAGUGGCAAUGUAAUGUGUUGGUAUAUCUUAAAGUACUUGCC